UAAGCUAAACGGCUCAGAGGUCGGUUGAAAAAGGAAGUCUGGCGAAGAUGGAGAUGGAAUGUUACGCAGUCGGAUAGGCAAGUCAGUUGGUAUGGAGUCUGACAAAAGGAAGUUGGUCCGUUGGUCUGUAGUUCGACGAAAGUAAGUUGGUUGGUUGGCCCACGGACGGGCAAAGGUAAGACGGUAUGGUAGUAGAGUCAAAAGGAGGUCGGUUGGACCAGUCGUCCAUCUAAGGAGAUAAUGCGAGCAGAGGAUUCUGUUUCGUCGUCGGUUGAUCCACGGUUGGUUGGUUCUCAGUUGGCUCAUCGGGGGUCGGUUGCUUCUCAGUCGUUUAAAUAGGUCAGAUGGUCGACUGUCGGUUGAGCAAAGCGUGCGGUCGGUUGAGUCGGACCACACGGAGAUCGUUUGAUAUGGUGGUCGGUUAAUGCCGACUUGGGAGUAAGUCAGUUCCUGCGAAGAAGAAUGGGACGAACGGUACGUGGUCGGAUUAGAGAAAAAGACCGACAGAAGGAUAAAACGGCCCAUACGGAGGUUGUCCGAAGAAUGGUCUGUUAAUUGGUCGCCCAUAUUUGUGAACAGUAGUUCAGUCGCUUGAUUGUAGCGACCAAUAUAUCCUCUGGAGGAAUUGUUGUUCGGCCGUUUCAAGGCGACGUAUGGUGGUUGCUUGUUAAUGCGACCAAUGAAUCAUCUGGACGAAUGGUUGUUUAGCUGAUUGAAGAGAGCAGAUGGUGGUUGCUUGAUUGGGCGACCAAUGAUUUGUUUGGUUUAGAAAGAUGAGAAAUUAAUUAUAUAAAUAUAUAUUUUUUAUAUCUGUGUAACGAACGAAUUUUCAACAAUAUAUAUUUUCUUUAGAUAAUACUCUUUUUCUAUUUUAUUAAAAAAUGAUUGUGUACAAGAUCAUAUAUAUACUUAAUUACUCGGAUGAAAAGAAGAAGAAACGUCCAGUAGGUAGUCGUUUGGGAUAGAAUGAUGAGAGAAAAAAAUAUAAUAAAUUAUAUGAAUUUAUAUUUUUUAUAUUUGUGGAACCAACGAAUUUAAAAAAUAUAUAUAUUUUUCUUUCGAUAAUUUUUUUCUAUUUUGUUAAAAAAUUAAUUUUUACAGAAUGAUAUAAACCCUAAAUUAUUUAACAAUUUGGCUUUUCCCGCCGGACUCCCUGCCGUAAUUUCUCGAUCAGUGUUGAGGGAGUCAGAUGAUCAUUACGGUUUUUAAUUAGGGGUUUUUGCAGAAAAACCUUACUUAAAUCCCCUUCGUCUUCAUCUUCUUCCUUAUGCAUUGUAAUCGGUUUUCUGCUUUUGCGACCAAAUACUUUGUCUUCGUGUUUUCACGCUUUGCUGCUUUCAACCAUGGAUAACCAGUACGUCCCAGCUCUACCUUUUGAUGGUUCAUAUCCAGAAACCCCUUUUGUUUCUUCUGCUGUUCUUACUCCCACUGUUCGUCCUUAUUGUACAUCUUCUGAGGAUGCUGUUCGUAUGAAGAGUAUUAUCUGUUCUGUAACUCCCUUAGCUAUUAAUAGUCCCGAUUUCAAACCCAAACGCAUUAAUGAUCAUAUUAAAACACAUCUUACCGAUCCCAAAGAUGCCUUCCGUUCGUGGUAUUCGAGGCUAUAUCCUGUUUUUCAUGAACAAUGGCAACGGCAAGGGAUUGAUAAGGCCAUUUUCCUAGCGACUCAACCGUUGUAUCUUCACGACAAAGUUCUUUUUGCUAUGACUGCCUUUUGGAAUGCCCAACUGGGUGUUUUUCUUCUCCCAACUGGCCCCAUGGGUCCAACCCUGAUGGAUGUGGCUAUGAUUGCCCACCUCCCCGUGGUUGGUGACGACCCUGUCCUUGGGUCGUUGGAUGGGCAAGAACCAGCGCCCGACCAUGAAGGUUGGUCGCUUGCGCGCAUACCUGAGAGGGAACGCGGCUGGACCAACUUUGUCCUCCGCUUUCGGGGUACAGAGGGUUCUCCAGUAACUGCUUUGGAGCACACCGCUUUUCUGCUGUUCUGGCUAUGCAGAUAUGUAAUUCUUUCUCCCUCCAAAUCAAUCUUGACCUCGCAACUUGACUUAGCCAUCCACUUAGCCACUGGUCGCUUCUUUUCUUUAGGGACCCUCUUUUUGGCCAAUUUGUAUGAGGAGUUAUCCAGAGUUAGCGACCGUCUAGUAGAUACGAAGAGGGCGGACACAGCUGCGUCUGGUCCUUUUUGGUUUUUGGAGCUUUGGCUGAGACUCUAUUUUCCGAACGCCUUUUGUGGUCGGGUGCCCAUUACCCCGAACCCUCGUAGAUCUCUUGGUUUAGCCCUUGCUCAGCUAACUCCAAACUCUUCCACUCUUUCUCCUUCUGACUGUGUAAUUGCGGCUAUUCUUACGGACGACCGUACAAACUCCAAAUUUUUUGUCUAUGAGCUUUACGUUCAGUAUCUUACUGAACUUUUUUGGCCUUACUCGGAAACCAAUUACCCCUUGUCGUAUCCAGACCCUUUGCCUCACCCGACUUAUCGUCAUUAUUGGGACUCAGCUCUGAAGCCACGGUCUCUUUUUUCUAGUCCCAAGUUUGAUAAGAGAAACCGUAAGUCUUUUCAUACUUUUAACUAUCAGCCGCAAUUUUUGUCUCGACAGUUCGACUGCUGUCAAGGUUUACCGGGCCCACUCGCCCGUCCACACCUAAUAACUCAGAGCCCGGACGGGCGAGUUACCCCUUCUUUGAUUUCACCUUAUCUCUCCCAGCUCAUUUCUUACAUAUCUUCCAACUCCUACCUUCCUUUCCGUCGUGACCCGAAGAAGGUGGAAACCUUUCCGUCUUGGUGGUCGGAUACCUGGGCGGUGGUGGCGCCUCCAAGUGACCGAUUGCUGGCGAUAUUAACCCUUCCUCCAGCACUUGCUUUGGGGUCGCGAACUCCUGCCACGGUGAUGAGGAGCAAACGGGCGGCUCCUGCAGAAGGCCCCAGCGCUCCAAGGAGGAAAAGAGCCACCCGACCGAAGGCCACCACACGCCCGGUAUAUGAUCGGCAGGCGGUAGAGGAUUAUUUGGUGUCCCUACCUGUGGACCCAAUCUGGAUGCCUGCCAAUGUACGGCGAUACAUGGAGUCGCUUGCUGAGAAACCAGCCGACCAGACUGGCGAACAUGGAAGAGAUAGGUCGGUUGAUCCAGCAUGCGCCAACGUAACCGAUCAGCCAACCACCCGACCAACUAUGUUGGCAUCUGCCCUACCAGCUUCUUUGGGAAGCGACUCAGUAUCCGUCCCCGAGGCAACUUCUUUUCCGACUGCAGCCCGGAGUGGUAUACCGAAUGAGCUGCCCGUGAUGCGUCUUGACAAGGACCCGACGUUGAGGCAGAUGUCUUCAUCCACCUUCUCCCACUCCGAACGGGAAAUGCCCGUCGGCCAAAGUUCCGUCAACCCAUCGGCGGGACCCUCAGUGAUUCGUCGGGAAGAGGACCCGACCGUCAUGGUGAUUGGCUCAUCCAUAUCUACCCUUCCUCAGCCGCGUGUGCUCCCGGGACUUGCGGCAGCCGAUUCGGUUGUCGAACCACCGAUCACUGAACAACAACGGCCGGUGAUUCCUGAGUUGGUUGAACCGAACGCAGAACCAGGACCGGCGAUUCUUGCAUCAGUCCAAGCAGACCCUGAACCAGUCCAAGCAGACCCUGAACCAGUCCAAGCAGACCCUGUACCAGUCCAACACUUUGAAGCAGUCGACGUCUCUUCUUCAGAGUCGGGCGACCCUUCUGUUAAUCAGAGCAGCGAAGCCGUGGGUUCUGAGCCGGGCUUCAUAGGUCCUCUGCCCGCAGCCGCCGAAUCGGUUGGUCAUAUGAGGAACCUUUCUGGCCCUGCCCCACUAACUCCGGUUUUGCUAACUCCUUCUGAAGCUACGGCUGUUCUCCACCAGGCAACCCGUGAGCUUACUUUCCUGAGCAAAGUGCCAUUAGUGGAAUCUGCCCGACCAGUAGUACUGCGCUGCGUGGAUGUUUCGUUGGCUGAUCUGAGCUCUGAAGAUGUAAACUCUCUACGUCAGGUGGUUGUUGAUUUAUUGGUGCAGACUCCGAGUGAGUUUGUCGUGGCACCAAUUCUGAGUCGGAUGAUGGAAUGAAUCAUUGAACUUCAAAUCGACUUGCCUUUCAUUCGACCUCCAUCAUCCGACUCUGCAUCUUCUCAGGCCAUUCCUGACACUGCGAUCAUUGAGGCGUCUCAGGAACUGGAGAAACUUCAGAAACAGCUGGAGUCAUUAGAAGGCUGCAUUCAGGAAGAUAGUCGCCUGGUGGAGGAGCAGCGCCAGAGUUGCGCCAGCCUGCAUGACCAACUCCAAGCCAGUACUCGGUCAAGGAUGAUCCAGGAGCACGAAAGUGCCGUCCAUCAAAGAAGAAUGGCGCGCACUCAACAGAAAUGGGCCGACCUAGUAACCGCCUUCAAAGCGCUUCUUAUGUAAUGUGUGUUGUCGGAUUUUUAUUUACUUUUAUUUUUAACUAAACUUGCAAAAAUACUCCUAACUAUCUGUCAUUUUUUCAAUAAAAUGUUUAUUUCUCUUAAAUUCCCGAACACAAA